CCUUAAUUAUAUUUAACAAAACUAAAGACUAAAUAACAAAAAACAUCUAAUUUGGUCAUUUAAUCUGACUAGGCCUGACCUGAUUCGGUGUACUCUGAUCAAAUAAUUAUUUCUAAAGAAUCUACUAUUUAAAUGUAAUACGGAGUAUCUACUUAUAGCCUAAAUUAUUUUCAUGCAACAAUGUACUCUCCUGUCUCCUCCUUUAAAAUCUCCCAAACUCUUAAAUUAGUCUUUCAAGACAUAUUCAAUUAAGAAUAAUAAUAAUAAUAAUAAUAGAAAAAAUAAAAAAACAAUAUGUCGGACACCAUAAUCUCCCACUCUCACAUUCAACAAGUGAAGGAAAAACCCCUCCUCAUUAUCCACCGCAUACCCUCCUACACAUGCUUCUUCCACCACCGCCUCGCCCCCAAUUUCACUCUCCUGGAGCCCUUUGACGCCGUUGGCGCUGACUCCUCCGCUAUCCAAUCUUACUUGAGAACCAACGGUAGUGGUGCACGUGCUCUUGUCUGCGUAUGGGCAUCUCCACUAAGGAAGGACAUCUUAGAUUGCCUUCCCUCUUUGGAGCUUGUUGUGGUCGCUUGCGCUGGCUACAACCAUAUUGAUCUUUCAGAGUGCCGCCGUCGAGGGAUCCUUGUUGCUAAUGUUGGCGACGUAUCCUCAGAAGAUGUAGCCGAUUACACUGUUGGAAUGCUCCUUGAUGUGCUCCGUAAGUUUUCUGCCGCUGACCGAUAUGUUCGCGGCGGAGUUUGGCCCCGACCAGGGGAGUUCCCUCUGGGCUCUAGUAUGCGUGGAAAGCGAAUAGGCAUAGUCGGCCUUGGAAGCAUAGGUACAUUUGUUGCAAACCGACUUAUACCAUUUGGUUGUACUAUUGCAUACAACUCUAGGCAGAAGAAAUCCUCUGUUUCAUUUCCAUACUAUGCCAAUGUCUAUGACUUGGCCCUCGACAGUGACAUUCUCAUCCUUUGUUGCUCGUUAACCGAUCAAACUCACCAUAUAAUCGACAAGAAGGUAUUGACUGCUUUAGGAAAGGAUGGAUAUGUCAUUAAUGUUGGCCGAGGUGCUCUAAUCAACGAAAAUGAAUUGGUGCAAUCUUUGGUGGAAGGCGAAAUUGGAGGGGCUGGUCUUGAUGUGUUCGAAUACGAGCCUAAUAUUUCGAAAGAGCUAUUCGGUUUAGACAAUGUAGUCUUAUCCCCUCAUCGAGCGGCCUUUACUCCACAAUCCUUUAAGGCUGUCGAAGACAUUGUUGUAGCAAACUUGGAAGCCUUCUUUUCUAACAAACCAUUAAUUACUCCUAUAAGAUUGGAGUAGAUUAUAAUAUGUACAAUUUGUUAUUUAUGUUGCAAUAAUUUCUUAUAUUCAAGUAUAAUUAAACGAUCGACCUUUUUGUUUUAGUAAAAACUAAUGUGUAGCCCGUGUGUUGCACCGGGUUGCUACUUUAAUUAUUCCUUGUGAUAAUAUGUAUUUAAUGUUUAUAAUUUUUUUAAUUAUGAAUUAUAUACAUUUAUUUUCAUUUUAUAACAUAGUUGAUAAUU